GAGAAGAAACAUCUACAGCCAGGGCGAACAGAGACAAAUCAUCAGCAUUUGGCUCUUUUUUUCCCCCCUUCUUUCUAUGCAUUUAUAUAUUUUUUUAAUAUACUAGUGUGAAUGUGUGUGUUGGUGUAAAUUCAACGGGACGCCACCAUGGGGAACUUAACGUUCAUACAUAAACUGUGUAUUUCUGUUUGUUGGGGUCUUCUGCUGAUGUGCACGGCUGCAGAGAGACAGUACUUCAUCGGCCCACGCAACGCCAGCUGGGCUGACGCCAGGAACCACUGCCAGGUCUGCUUUAAAGAGAUGGUGACUCUCACGCCACAAAACGUCCACGUCAUCGCCAAAAUAAUCAACUCCACCCACUGGAUUGGCCUUCGCAAGUACAUAAACUACAAUGACACCUACAACGAAACCGAUGACUACGACUACGACUCGGACUACGACUCCUACAACUCCACCAACUCCACCAACACCUCGUCUAAAAGCUUCGGGACGCCCUGGACACUGUGGGCCAACGGGGACCCACUCGUCUUCCAGAACUGGUACCCCGGCUUCCCAUUGUUUAAAUCCCCGCUGCCAAAAAUAGACUGCUGCAGCUGCUCCUGCACCUGCCCGGCACCCCCCAGGACGACGACCCCCUCGCCCCCCAGUAUGACGAGUCCGUCGAUUACCGGGUCGACAACGGGCUUCCCAACAGGCUCCGUUGUCCCCGAGCACUCUACCAGAGACUCAACAGAACCAAACAUCACAGUGACCAACGUCUAUGAAAACAUGACCGACUCUACCAGUUUUUAUGACGUUGAAACCGAGACGGACAUGCCGAUGAACGCCACAGAAGGGGCCAACUUCACCCAAGGAGCCAACUUCACACAAGGGGCCAACUUCACAAGAAGAGCCAACAUCACCCAGGCGUGGGAAUCCACCACAGCUCACGCAGUUCACACCACAGAUUCGCCGUGGACGACCACACCGCAGCUGCCGAUAGUUUCAACAUGCGAACGAUCGCCCAUGCUGCCUCCCAUCAUACCAGAGAAUAACAAAAACUACAUCGAGAACUCGUGUGUGGUCAUACUGGCCUUUGGGCCUUGGAUUGAGAGAGGGUGCUUUGAAAAGCUGCCUUUCAUUUGCUAUGAAGACCGCUUCAUGGGGGCCAUCAACAUCUCCAACAUCACAUCCUCGUCCGCAGCUCUGCAGUGGGAUCAGGGGCCCGGUGACAUCAGCCACUAUCGCUUCGAGGCGUUUUCCCGUGACUAUUCCUGGAACGUCACCAAGGACAUGUAUAAUUUGAGCUACACACUCGUCAAACUCACCCCAGGAACCGGCUACAUUAUCAAAGUAUUUGCAGUGAAGUGUGAAAGGGACCUCAAUCCACUCAAUGGCUCCUUCUACACCAUACCUGGAGAGGUCCAGAACCUCACUGUGACCGAUUUUACAGAAACCACCGUCAGUCUGAGCUGGAAGAAACCCGAAGGGAACUAUGGCUUCUUCGAAGUUAUCGCUGUUUCAACUUUGGGAACUGAAAAACACAACCGGAGCGUGAAGGGAGAAGACAUGGUGUUUGGUGGCUUGACGCAGGGAAGCAAGUACAGUUUCAUUUUCGCCACAGGAGUCGAAGGCAGGUCCAUGUGGAGUAAGAACGUCAGCAUCUCAAAUUGCACCCGGCCCGGCCAAGUGUCCAACCUGGUAGCUGUUGAAAACAAGGACACAAGCUUAAAUCUCCAGUGGGAUCCGCCACAGGGAAAUUACAUAGGCUUUAAAGUGAUGGCCAGGGAUGACUACAGGGACCUGAAUGCUACGGUGACACACCCAACAAAUCUUUUGGAGAAACCAUAUAAAGUGAGAGUGUCCGACCUCCAAAACGGCACUAAGCUUGGCCUUUUUGUGAAAGUCUUGGGCGUUUGUGGCCUGGAGGGAAAUAUUGUAAACAUCACUGCAUACACCGCUCCGGGCCCGGUCUCGAAUUUGAAGUUGACAGCAACACACAAAACUGUUAACGCUAGAUGGGACUUUACUCCAAAUCCUGGAAGUAAUGUAACCUUUAGAGCCAAGCUUUUCUUGAAUGGCGAAGAGAAGGAAUCAAAAAACACAUCGGCUCAAAGUGUGGAAUUUGAUAACCUGAAAACUGCUACCAACUACACAGUGAACGUCUAUACAGUUCUUAAUAAUCUGGAAAGCCCAGAAAUGAAUUCCUCCAUUUACACCCUCCCGGUGCCUCCCACUGGAGCUAAAGUGCACAGCAGCACAAAAGAUUCCCUCACCUUUGAGUGGACUCCCCCAGAAAACUCAUCAGCAACAAACUACACCUGCACCCUCAACUCUUCAUUGUGGGAUAAUGACCCCAACCCCCAAAACGUUGGAAACACCAACAUGUGCACGUUCACUGGCUUGAAGUCAGGAAGCACAUACUUCUUUAAUGUGUCCACUGUGAGUGACAACAAGACAAGUGAUCCAGCAAGCUGCAAUGGGACAACAGUUGUAGAUCCAGUGGAAAUCGAUCUGUCAAUGCUCUGCACUUCUGAGGAGCCUCUGUACUGUCAGGAAGGCAAAACCAGGACGACUGUAUUUGAGGCGCUACAAAACCAUUUCAACAAAAUGCUGGGGAGAAAUGUUUAUCAUGACGUUGAGACCAUUCCUCCAUCAACUUAGUUGUAAAAAUGUUAUUUUUGAGACACUGUUUGAUAUAUAGUGAUGGUAAGAGAACAUUUAAUCAAGUGUUUUAACAUUCUGAGGCAUUAGAAAACAAUAUCUGGUUCACUUGCCAACAAUUAAAAUACCAACUCAGAAAACCUUACUCUCUAUCACUACUAUAUAAAGUAAGACUCCAUUACUCGUUCACAGUUUCUAUUGCUGUUAUGAGGCAUUCAGGUCCAUGUCGAGAGAAAACUGAAUAUGAAACACCAAACAGUUUAUUACUACCUGUCAAUUUAGGAAAGAGUUUUACAAUCAAGCUGUGAUCCUUUUCCUUUUUGGACAUUUCAUUCAGUUUGUUUAUCUGUCACCAGUUCACAACAAAUGUAAUCUCAUGGCAUCUUACAAGAAAAGGGACCAAAUUCCUGUGCAGUGCCUAUAAAGUAUUCACCCCUGUGCCUGAUAAAUGGUUUUCCUGGAAUGGUACAGUGUUUCUCCGCUAUUAGAACAUUGGGCAGCGUGUACACAAGCUUGAAUGACAUCGAUAAGCCGCCCCUCCCGGCUCUGAUUGGAUGCUGGUUCCCGUGAAGCUAUCAGCUGAAAAUCUGGUGGAUUUCAGAUCAGGUUUUUGGAUUUUUCAAACUCUUUUCACUUUGUUGAAUGAAUAUUCAGUUCAUUCAAAUUUUAUAGAUAUUGUUGUCUCAGUUCAUUAAUUGUAUUAAAAAACAAGAUACACAAAAACUGAAACGUUUUUAAAUUCCAAAGUCACACUUUUAUCUGAAGAUUAACUAAUGCUUCUUUGAGUCACAAUUGAAUGUCAUUACAGCUGUUCAUUUUAUAUGUGUAUCCACCAGAUGGCGCUAUUUAAUAUUCAAUUUUAAAGAGGUAUAAUAUUAGGUAUUAGAUAGAUAUAUUUCUUUAAAAAAACAAACAUAAUAUACAUGUAAUUCGUCUUCAGAGCAUUUGUGGGUCUGAAAAUUUUAUUAUUUUGACAAUGCAGAGAAAAAUUAAUAUUACUGUGAGCCAAUGACCCAUCUCAAGGCCUGAUAAAUAUGUUGCAGAUACUCUUAUUAAAUAAAUAAAAAUUGUUCUACAUUUUUUACAUUUUACUUGAAUGUGAAAUUCGUUUUAAAAUGUCAGUAUAACACUUUGGAGUUGCCUUUACAUAGUUUAGAUAACAAACAAUGAGAUCAGAUAUUUUAGUUAAAUGCCUCCGGCUGAAACGACAGAUCAACAUGUUUUCAAACAAUUUAAAAAGAAAUAAAAAUCUGAAAGGACAUGAGAUGCAUUAUCUUCAGCUCUUAGUGUUAAUAAAUAGAAAUUGUGAAAUGUUAUCUUUCUUUAUAUUUUAAUAGUUUACCUGACUCAAAUGCUGGCACACGAUCUCUCCACAUUUUUAUUUUUCGCACAAACUAUUUCUUUGUAUUCAGUCACAAGCCUGUUAAUGUUAUUAUAGACAGAAUUAAAUUCUGACUUUUGCUGUCAAUGUGACGUAAAAACAGUUAACGUGCAUAACUCUCUGCAUUUGCUGUAUCUUAAUAAAUCGCAAGUAAUGAUGCUUAUUUUUAGGUCUGUUUUCUGCUCAACUUAAAAGGUGAAAGUAACAUUUGACGUGAGGAAAGAAUGGCUGAGAUUUGAAAGGAAAAAUGCUGCUUUGCUGACAUCGCUAACACGAUUACACUGUAAAAAAUGGAGUAUAUUUAUAUGGAAAUCCAAAGUGAUGCUACCGUUUGUUGCUUUUGUUGUCCUGAAUCUGCCCAGUUUGACGUUACUGUUGUGAUAAUCCAUUAAAUUUCUUUUCUGCUGAUUAAUCUGAA